AUGACCUCUCCCCCCCCCAAGAAACCCCCGGCUGGUGGGCGCACUGGCCACUUCGACGGAGAGGGGACGACGACGACGACGCCGACGCCAACGCCAGACUCUGCGCGGGACCAUGGCGCUGGCCGUCGAGCCCGUGAAGUGUACAGUAUCUUCCACCCACAGAGCCUCAUUUCGCCCAUCGAGGAAGAGGCCGAGCCGACAUCGCGACUCCCUCCGGGCCAAAGUACCCCGAGUACCCCGCAUCAUGGGGGAUCCCCCUAUCUGCACGCAGUAGACACCGAGUAUACUGUCCCAUUGGUGCUCGAGCCUCAUCUGAGUCACCACAACGAGACCUUGACCUCCUUCGCCCAGUUGGCCGCUUUGCGGCUGGAUGUUGAGCGCGUGCUCAUUAGCGUCUCCGAUCAGGACUCGCAGUUCAUCAUCGCGCAAGCCGCACAAACAAACCAGGGGGAUCUGGAUCUGCAGGACCUGGGUGAUGGAGUGUGGAAUGGGAAUUCCAGGCUCUCCCUUGAUGAGUGGAUCAUGUGCAGGGAUACUCUGGAUCUCCCGCCCUCCAACCGGGAGAAAGGCACCUCCUCGUUCAUCGAGGUUAACGACCUCAGCACCGACGAGCGGUACAAGAAUCUCCCGUUCGUCCGCGGGGAUCCCGGCUUCCGCUUCUACGCCGGCACGCCGCUGACCGCGGACAAGAAGAUCAACAUCGGCUCGAUCUUCGUGCUCGACAAAAAGCCUCACCCAACGGGGUUGACCGGGGUCGAGAAGAACGCCUUGGUGACCGUGGGCGCCCUGGUCAGCGAGUAUCUCGCCGUCAGCCGACAAGCCACCGACGGGCGACGCGCGGCCCGACUCUCCCGCGCGCUGAAUUACUUUGUCGAAGGCAGUUCGGAGAUCGGGGAGCGGGCAUCGACGGCCCCCAGCACGCCCGCCGCCGUGGGCACCGCCUCCAUCUCGUGGUCGCCGCCGCCACCAACGCUGUCCAACCGAUCCGCGCUGCGUUCCGCUGAGUCCCCGUCUCGGGCGGCCAACCUGAUCCGGCAGAGUCUGGAGCUGGGCACCGACGGUGGAGUCAUCUUCCUCCGCGCCGACCCCCAUCUCCUCCACGAAGUCAAGUGGCGAAGCAGCAACAACAUCGGCGAGAAAGCUCCGCGCGAACCGACUCUGCCCCAUGUGCUGGCGGCGUCGACCGCGCACGAGCCCUUCGCCGCGCGGCCCGGCUCCAAGACCACGACGCCGUAUCCGGCCGCGGAGUUGAACGUCGAGUUCCUGCACCAGUUGUUGGACCGCUACCGCCACGGCAGACUGUGGUCGUUCCACCGGGACGGACUACUCUCCAGCUCCGAUGACGACCGACCCUCGCCCGCGCGCACCGACUCCCAGCAGAGCAUCGACGAGUCGCGGGUGCAGAAGGCCUCGGAAAAUUCGACCCUCAACCGCUAUUUCCCCGGCGCGACGCAGGUGCUGUUCGUGCCUCUAUGGAACGCGGCGGACUCGCAGUGGUUCGCCGGCUGUUUCUGCUGGAACACGCUGGAGACGCGCGUGUUCAAUCCGACGGUCGAGCUGAGCUCCAUGCUGGGGUUCGGGUCCUCCAUUAUGGCCGAAUACAUUCGCAUGCAGUCGGUGGCCGCGGACCGGCAGAAGAGUCAUUUCAUUGGUAGUAUCUCGCAUGAACUACGCAGCCCCUUGCACGGGAUUAUGGCCGCCGGCGAAUUCCUGCAGGGCACCCGACUGGACGAGUUCCAGCGCUCCUUGCUGGACACCAUCUCCAAGUGCGGCCGCACACUGCUCGACACCAUGAACCAGGUGCUGGAUUAUAGUAAAACCGUGUCAUCGGAGCGCGGCCGUGCCCACGCCAAGCGCCGCAGCGCCAAGCGAACCAACUCCGGCGCCUCCUCGUUGCUGGACACUUCCGUGGCGACGGACCUGAGCGCCCUGGCCGAGGAAGUGGUGGAGGGGGUGUAUCUGGGCCAUGCGUAUGGGCAACGGUCCACCGCCCCGUCGGACUGCCCGGAGAAUAUGGCGCAGAAGUCACUGGUGGACGCGUCGCAGCCGACCCAAGAGAAGCUGGCUGUGGAAGUGGUACUGGAUAUCGCGCAGCACAAUUGGGUAUAUCAGACCCACCCUGGCGCGCUGCGGCGCAUCAUCAUGAAUCUCGUAGGAAACGCUCUGAAAUACACCGAAGCCGGCAAGGUAUCCUUGGAGAUGGACAUGGUCGAGGCGGCGCCCCGGAAGGCGGGCGGUCCUGCUGUCAAACCCGGAGAAGCGCUUGUGCUGAGGGUCUCCGACACGGGCAAGGGAAUCUCCGAGGAGUUUCUGCGUAACAGACUCUACACCCCAUUCGCGCAGGAAGAUCCGUUGGCCGUAGGCACCGGCUUGGGGCUUUCGAUCGUGCGCAGUCUGCUCAAAUCCCUCGACGGCGACAUCACCUUCGACAGUCGCGCAGGCGAAGGGACCUCUGUCAAAGUCACCAUGCCUCUGACCCGACCGGGUCUUGAGGACGCUUCCCUCGAUCGCGAUCUCCAGAAUUUGACGAUCCAGGGAAGCAAGAGCUCCGGACCGAUUCGCAAGCAUGCCGGGCGACGAGCAAGUAUUCUUCUCGAAGGAGACGCGGAGGAUAUUUCAUCGUCCCCGCGAUGGACAAUCAUCAGCCGCUACCUGGUCGGCUGGUUUGGGAUUGAGCUCGUGCCGCACGACUCCAACUCGCCCGUGGACUUCAUGCUUGUGGAUGGAACCACCACCGUUCCAAUCGAAACAGAGACCGUUCUCCCCCCGAUACUCGUCGUAUGGGAUCCAUCUGCAUCUCCAUCGAACCCUCUUCCCGGCUGGCUGUCGUCGGCGCCGACCGUGAACUUUGUCCGUCUGCCGUGUGGGCCAUGGAAGCUGGCAGCUGCCAUUGAGCGCUGCUUAAACCAACAGUCGGAGACAACCUCCGUCGCACUCCAGUCGAGGACAUCACCUGUUGCGCACGACGACCAACAUCCAGCCGCCGCCGCCGCCGCUCCACAAUCACAACCCUCACUGUGCCCACAAUGCCAGAGCGCAUCCACACAGCAGGAUGCGGCAAUCGAAAGAUCCGCGCGAGGCCCACGAGUCCUAGUCGUGGAAGACAACCCUAUCAAUCGCAACCUCAUCCUGACAUUCCUGAAGAAACGGAACCUGGCUGCGCUCGAGUCGGCCGACAACGGCAAGCGCGCCGUUGAAGCGGUCGAGCAGGAGAAACAUGGCUACGACCUGAUCUUCAUGGAUAUCUCCAUGCCAGUGAUGAACGGCUUCGAAGCCACACGCGCGAUUCGCGCCCUCGAGAGGGAGCGGGACAGCGGCGUCUCUGCCAAGAUCAUCGCUUUGACUGGCCUCAGCAGUGCGCAGGAUGAAACCGAGGCGUUGAACUCCGGGAUGGAUAUGUUCGUGACCAAGCCCUUCUCGUUCGAGAAGUUGUCCGAAUACCUGAAGAAGUGGGAGCAGAAUGAGUUAUGA